ACACGUGUGUGUGCAUUUCUUUUUAUUGUGAACAUAGCGUGUGGCUGGAUUUGAUUUUGAAAUAAAAUAGUGAAAUAAUUGAAAUAAAUAUGGCGGACGUUCAGAAUUUAGCUGACGCUAUUGUACUACAGUAUAUACAAUCUAAGGACAAGAACCUGGCCAAAGUGUUCCAGCAAAAGACGAAGGCGGCCACAGUGGGCAAGAACACCCCAAAGCUGACCGAUAUUGUACAAUUUUACCAGACCAAGAGCACGACAAAAAUCCCAGCCAUUAAAGCGACAGCCGCUGAUAGUGACAGUGAUUCGGACUCUGAUGAAGCUCCAGCGCCAACGAAGAAGCCAGCAGCUACUCCAGUGACAAAUGGCAAAGCCGCUAAGGCAGCCAAGGCCUCGAGCAGUGACGAUAGUUCGUCAGAGGAAGAGCCACCAAAGAAGGCAGCAGCAGUUGCACCAGUAAGUGCCGCUCCAGCAAAGAAGGCGGCUGCUUCCUCCAGUGAGGACAGUGACGACUCUGAGGAGGCUAAGAAACCGGAUGCUGUGCCCAAGGCACCAGUCAAGCCGACUGCAGCCAAAACGGCUGCAUCCAGUAGCGAAGACAGCAGCUCCGAAGAGGAAACAGCAAAACCAGCGGCCAAGGCACCUGCCAAGUCUGCGCCUGCCAAGAAAGCCGAAUCCUCAAGUGAGGAGAGCGAUUCUGAUGACGAGCCGGCCAAGAAGCCUGCGCCUGUACCAGCCAAGAAAGCUGCGGCCAAGCCUGCUGCCUCUUCGAGUGAAGAGAGCGACUCCGAGAAGGAAAAGAAGCCCGCUGCAAAGGCUCCAGCUAAGGCUGCGCCAAAGAAAGAGUCCUCCAGUGAGGAUAGUUCCUCUGAGGAUGAAGCACCUAAGAAGACGGCCCCUGUGAAGGCAAGCCCAGCCAAGAAAGCAGCAUCGUCCAGUGACGAUAGCGAUUCCGAUGAAGAGCCUCCCAAGAAGAAGGUGGCUGCUCCAGCCAAACCAGCUGAAAAGGCCACUCCGGCAAAGAAGGCGAAAUCCUCCAGCGAGGACAGCGAUUCCGAUGAGGAAGAGCCAGCCAAGAAGCCUGCUGCCAAGGCCGCAGCCAAACCCGCAGCUGCUCCGGCUAAAAAGGCAGGUGAGUCCGAGGACUCUUCGGAUGAUAGCGAGAGCUCUGAAGACGAAAAGCCCAAGCCUAAGGCCAAGCCUGCUGCCAAGGCUCCAGCUAAGGCGGCCAAGGAGACGAGUAGCGAAGGAUCGUCGAGUGACGAUGAAGCUCCUGCUGCUGUCAAGCCGGCAGUGAAGAAGACUGCGGCACCGGCCAAGAAGGACGACUCGUCCUCGGAUGACUCUUCCGACGAUGAGCCAGCUGCCAAAAAGCCAGCGGCCAAGAAAGCCGAAAGCAGCGACGACGAUGAUAGCGAUGAUUCCGGAGAAGCCAAGCCCAAGACUGUGGCCAACGGUGGCCCCAAACGCAAGUUCAGCGGUGGCGAUGAGGAGGAGAUGCCCAAGAAGAAGUACAACAACUUUGUCAAAUCGGGAGACCAGAAGCAGAACAGUUUCGCCUCCACUCCCAACAACAACAAUCACCACAACAGUCGUCAGCUGAACAGCAGCGGCGGUGGUGGAAGUGGGAGUGGGCGACGACGUUCUCCCUUCCGGCGUGUUCGGACCGAGGAGGUUCUGGUCGAUGCCCGAGUCCAAGACAUGUCCUUUGAGGCGAAGGAUGGCGGCGGCUUCAAGAAGCAGAACGGACGCGGUGGCCGGGGAGGCUCCGGUUUUGCCGGUCGUCCUGAUCGUAGCACCUGGGAGAGCAACAAUCAAAACGGAGGCGAGGAAGGUGGCGAAGGAGGUGGUUUCAAGAAGAUUGGCGAUCGCCGUAGCUUUGGAGGCUUUGACAAGAAGCCAUUUGAGGGACGUGGCGGUGGACGCGGCGGAGGUGGCUUUGGCGGUGGCCGUGGAGAUGGACGUGGCCGCGGCGGUGGCGGACGUGGGGGUGGCGGCUUCGGAGGUGGUCGUGGAGGUGGCGGCGGAGGCUUCGGAGGUGGCCGUGGAGGUGGUGGUCGCGGAGGCGACCGCGGCGGACGUGGCUUUGGUGGUCGUGGCGGAGGUGGACGCGGCGGCGGCGGUGGUUUCGGCAACAAAUCCUUCGACUCCUCAGCGCCCAAGCAGAACAAGAAAAUCACUUUCGACAAUUAGAUCUAGUUUAGUUCUCCCCCUCCCCACCCACAAGCACACACACACACAGAUGCGCAGAUGAUUGCAGAUUUGUUAUGUAUUUAGAAUUAAAUCAGUUUAAACAAUUUUAUACUUACGCAAACCCCCCCCCUGCCCUGUAUAGAAAAACGCUGCCGGCUCCUGGGGCGAACGGGCCAAUAUCGACCUGAAGCAUACCCGUGGCAAGUCCUUCAAGCACGAGAAGACCAAGAAGAAGCGCGGCAGCUAUCGGGGCGGCGCAAUUGACAUGGGCGUCAAUU